AUGUCUGAUCCGCUUUCUGUGACAGCGAGCGUCGUUGGCAUUGUGGGUGCACUGCUACAUGGCUCCAAGCGAUUGUACGAAUUCAUCGAUAGCCUUCAAAAUGCCCCAAAGGACAUCGCCGCGCUAUCGACCGAUUUGAGAGCCUUAUAUGAGAUCCUUGCCCAUAUCACAAAUGUUCAGGAUAGGUUGUCUAGUCACCUCGAACUCUGCGUCAGCUUGAAGGCACCCUUAGAGAAUUGCUUGAACAUAUUCGACGAGUUCACGGCCUUGUUACAUGGUUUCACUCAGACCGCGAGAGAUGGACCCAUCCAAAUUCGAGUCUGGAAGCAAAUGGCCUGGGCGUUCAGAGACAAGGAGAUCCAGCUUUUUCGGGAUACGAUUACGACAUAUAAAGUAUCGUUGGAUAUGGCGCUGAGUGCCAUGACCUUUUCUACCAUUGCGUCAUUGAAUGAACGUACCAAAAGAUUCGAAACAGACUUUAAAGAGGAGUUCAAAGACAUCAAAUCAAGAUUGCAAGCCUUGGAUAACGACCGCAUUGAAUUGGCUAGCAUAUCAGGGUGCAAGGGCUCCGAAUGGUAUGGAACAGAGGCCGAUUUUGCAAUGAAACGUUUUCUCGAAUAUACCGAGUCCUUAUGUGGCUCGCCUCCAGCUUCAUUUCCUGGAUCCCCCGCUCAACUUCCGUUGGAAGACUACGAUGGACUGGGUACAAAAGCAGGGACGCAUGGUACAGCAUCAUCACAUCAGCCCACUGAUAUUAAUAGUACAGUGAUACUCGCUGGAAAACAAUCCCCAGGGUUAUAUUAUAGCACAACAGUCACGGAUCUUCCGUCCGAGUCUGAUUUAGAACCCUCCUUCGAAGGGUUUGAUUUAGCCCUCCUUUCACACAACCGCCAAAGCCUAUCGGGUGAUCAUAAUCUUCCAGGAUCGUCACAGGGGGACAAGAAGUCAUGCCAAACCACAGAUCAACUUACUGAGGCAUAUCAGCUAUCUACGUAUGAUGUGCCUUCUCCCAAGAUAUACCCCGGGUCCAUAGAUCACAAUGAAAAGGCCCAAAUACCUACAACCUCUGCCGAUUUGACGACACCCGGAUUGAAAGAGAUUUAUAGCACAAGCGGAUUAGACGCCGCCAGAGUGCUCUGGCUGGUUGCUACUCGGAAAAAUCCCCAGUUCAAAAUCGGUCAUAUCGACAUGUCAUGUUCCUUUGUCGUUUGCGACAUUACUCUUGAAGACUGCCCCAUAGUAUACGUCUCUGAUAGCUUUCAAACUCUCACGGGAUAUAGUCGACAUGAAGCUCUUGGUAGGAACUGUCGGUUCCUACAAUCGCCAGAGGGCGGAGUCUAUAAAGGCCUCCCUAGGCACUUUACAGACGGCGUGGCUGUGUACAGUCUUAAGAAAAAUGUACAGAAGAGACGAGAAACCCAAAUAAGCAUUGUAAAUUAUCGUAACGGAGGUCAGCCAUUCUUGAAUCACCUUAGUAUUAUCCCCAUACCCUGGGAUACGGACGAGAUUCGGUAUUACGUUGGCUUUCAGACAGACCUGGUCAAAAUAGUUCCCAGAGGCCUAUGGGCAUAA